AUGAAACUGCCGGAGUCUGCAAAUGGGUCAAAUCCUAAACUAUACCCGAAAUCUCACUAUUUCCAUACCAUUAAAGCGGAUAAGUUCUCAUUUACUCCAGUUCUCCGUACGCGAUAUCCCGCCGGCUCUGGAGAAUACGUCGAACUCCAUUAUGCAGACUAUGCGGUUCCUUUUCCAAGGUCAAAAUUAACCGUAUUCGAAUCCCUUCAACCUAGAAUUUCAAAAGAAAAUACGGUUAAAGUCCCGGUGGCUUCAAAGCGCCCAUUCUGUACUUUUUAUUCUUUUCUUUUCAAACAAGACUACCCCCCUGAGCUGGUGCAGACUACUACGCCUUAUUUUACACCUUCCGCCACUCAAGGCCCUCCCUCAAUCCGUGAUUUUCGCGCUGACGACCCUGCGUAUUUGGUCAACGAUAUCCAGAUGUUCGCUCUUGGAAGCCAGAUGUCCUUUGCUGAGCUUCGAAACAAGGCUUUUGAGCGGUUAUAUUCUAUGGGAGAAACACAUAAUGAUCCAAUGGCCGUCUUCGAGGAAAUAUACGGCGACAACACAAUUGAAAACCAAGGAGAUAAAGAUACGCUACGGAAAUGGGCUCGAGAUUUUCUUUCAAAGCAAGUUGACGAGUCUGGGAAGACGAAUAUCUGUAUUCUCCAGCAGAGCGAGCAGUGGAAGAAUCGGCUAGCGGAAUUCAGGAAGGUGAAUGAAUUGUUUGAUGUGGACUGCAGCAAGGUGGAGGAGGAUUUGUUGCUGAAUAAAGCUCUCAAAGCUCUUGAGAAGGAAGAGAAGAAAGAAAAAAAUGAAGAUGGGAAAAGGAACUGUGAGGAAAUAGGCGGUCUAUCUCUUGACGAGCUCGAAGCCCUCCACGACGCGUUCCCUGAGAUACAUAGCAGGCUCCUGGACAAACACGAAGCAGACCAAAAAGCAAAAGAGCAAAAAGAAAAAGAAAAAGAGAAAGAAAAGGGGAAAGAAAAGGAUGGCGGCAAAUCGAAAGAAAACGCCACAGCAAAGGAUGAUAAGGAGCCAUCGACUUGCAACCACAAUUGUACUCAUUGCCAUAAUGCGUCUCUAGUAUCCCACCAUGGGAAGGACGUCGCCUGCAUCGCUCAUGAUCCACACUUCUGGACUGGUUGCUUCGAUUCUCCUCUAUUCAUGCAUCCUGCACAGAGUCAUACUACUUACGGCCAUCACGGAGCACCGUACUAUCCAAUCCCACCUCACUGUUGA